GUAACAGAAGGAUACUUUCGGUUUGAGAACUCGUUAAACAUGUGACUUCAAGGAUAAUUAUACUCUAAUUCAGCGCGGUUGGAAUUGAGAAUGCUACUGUGUUUAAUUAAUGUGAUAUCUAAACCGAAAAGAAGUACAUAUAACAGAUCUGCUGAAGUUAACUGCCGCAUUAAGAGUCGUUAUCACUGGUCAGAAGAACGUUCUUUGGUAGGCUAUAUAAUUAAUGCGAAUGUAGCUAGGCUGUUUGUUUCAUUUUUGAACUGCGACAUCGUCAAACUAUGAGAUAUAACAUACGUUUCCACCUGUAUGUCCAGACGCAGAAGAGUGAAUUAUAAAGCAAAUAUAAUAUACCUAUCAAAAAGAAAAAUGGGGCAGUCAGAAAGCAGACACAGAGAGCUCGAAGAUGCUGCUUCGAGCGACUUUAUAUCCAGAUCAAACUCAUGCUCAGGUCUGCGUUCAGCUGUUCCUCUAGCUGUGGUUGAGGAGAUCCUCCUGAAUCUUCCUGCUCAUCAGGUGGUGCGAGUCUGUCGUCUGGUGUGUCAUGAGUGGAAGGAGCUGGUGGACAGCACUGCACACUGGAGAGAGCGAUGUCGGAGAGAGGGCUUACAGCCACAAGAUCCUUCCAGAGCCCUAGACGGCGGGAGCCAGUUUUACUUCAUAACUAAGAAACAACAUAACUUGCUCAAGAAUCCCAGAGCAGAAGAGGAGUUCAGUGGAUGGGAGAUUGUAAAGAAUGGUGGUGACCGCUGGGCAGUAGGAGAUAAUUCUGUAAAAAUCCCAAAUUUCACAGUCGCAAAAUACUUUGUCACCUCUUACAGGUUAUGUUUGAAGCAACAGCUGAUAGAUUUGAAGAAGGAAGGCUACAAUGCUGCUUUCAUGGAUCAACUACAACCUCAUAUCAAAAUAUCAGACUGGUACGCACCGCGCCAUGAUUGUGGAAGCAUGUAUCAGAUCUGUGUGGAGUUGCUUGAUCAGAGGAAGAAACCCAUCAAUACCUUUGAGCCUGAACAAGUUUUCUUUCCGCAGUGGAACGAUCAGCAGUGGUGUGAAAUGACACAUGUCUUUAAGGAUUAUGGACCUGGGGUUCGGUUUAUCCGUUUCACUCAUGGUGGGCAGGAUACAAAGUUCUGGGCUGGCUGGUAUGGGAUACGGGUCACUAACAGUAGUGUGGAGAUCUGUCCAUCUGAAGAAAGAUAGUGUCUUACUGUAUGAAUGUGUUCUUUGUUAUGAGAAACACCAUUAUAUGUAACUAUAAACUUAAAAGCCUGAAAGUUAAAAGUGCAUCUCUCGUUGUUCAUGGAUUGAAGUAUGUACUUGAAGAAUAUGUAAUUGUUUUUAUUUUUGUGCUUCAUAUAAAUCAGUUUUUAGAUGUUUAUAUUUCAAAAGGCCUUAAUUAUCAGUGUAUUAAAAAAAAAUACAGUUUUGCAGCGAGACUGAGUACCCUAAACAGACUCAUUCAUGUUUUGUGUUAAUAAGUAGGGCCAUCAGUAAGAACAUGUGUUUCAGACAUGUUCCCAUAACAUGAAUUUAUCUUUAUCUACAUUGUCAUAAUUUUAAAAUAUGUAUUUCAAUAUGUAUUUUUUACAUAAUAUGCAGCUGGUACUAAUUGAAAGGAUUUCUUAAAUCUAAAGUAGUGGAGGAGUGAGCUAUACCACCAGUUUAAAUAUUUUUCAUCAAGCGACUAAAUAUUUUAUCAUAUACAGCUGUCCAUGUUAGAGUGGGUAAACAUUUGUCACCACACUGAAAUACUAUGGAAAUACUAUGGAUCACUAAAAGGCUAAAGAGAGUAAAAUCUGCACACAUAUAAUAAUCAUAUGACCGGAGUACCAAGGUAAAAAAUGUUGAUAUAAACCUGUACAAAAAUACAUCAAUUUUCUUGUCUUUGAUGCUGCGGUGUCCAGUUCAUAGAACCAUGCAUUUGGAUGUCUUCUGGGAUCCUGGGGGCUCUAGAUCUGCUAAUACUGCCUCAUCAAAUACAUUCAAAUACAAAUACACUCGUGGACAGGUGUUGAAAAUUAGCAUACAUGCUAUAACACUAAAACCAAUGCACAUGGUUCAUCCAAUGUAAUUGUAAGUCCAUGUCAAAUAAAGAGAUUAUUUAGUCCUUUCUGUAACAAAGAAAAAAAAAAAGUUAAUCCGUUUGUUACACAGAGAAAAACAUUUAAAACUAGGCUUUAGAAACAACAUCUCGACACACAUAACCUGCCUGCGUUAGAGCAAAGCAUUUCACAUAUUUUACUGCUUUUAAGUCUCUGGCUAGUUUUUCAGCUGUCUCUUGUUUGAUUGGCUUUAGUUUAUUUUUUGCAAGCAUUAUAAUAGUCAUCUUGUAGGUCAAUCUGAGCUCCAACCAACAGAAAAUGGGUUUUCAGGGAGUGACAGGUUAUCUCAGGCACCCACUGCAUUACAAAUGAAGUUAUUAGCAACAAAUAAAUUAUUCCACAUGACUGACAGAUCAUUGAAAGACUCCCCUGUUCUUUUACAUUUUCAAAAGAAAGAGAAACAAACUAAGAGGACAUCUGUUUGGGGAAAGCUUAGGGGUCGUAAUUUGAGUAGAGCACAGUCUAGGGAGUACCCCCCCGGCCUGCAAGGGGCGAUGGGGGUAUGUGAUGAGUGGGGCGGGGCCGAGAGCCGUGGGAACAGAGCGAGGCCGGUGGAGUGAUUGGGAAAUGAGCAACGGAGGAGAUCAGAAGGAUACAAAAAAGGAGCUAUUACAGUGAAGGACAAGAGAGGAUCAGGCCUGGGCUUUAUUUUGUGUUUGGUUUUUAUUAAAAUUUUGUUUUGAAUGUCCGCCGGUUCCGGCCACUUUCUUCCCGCGAUUGUGAAGUUUCUACUCCGUUACAAUGAUGAACUGCCUUUAACAGUCAUUUUGCAUUAUUGACACACUGUUGUCCUAAUUAAUGUUGUUCAGUUGCUUUGACAAUCUUUUUUUGUUUAAAGCACUAAAUAAAUAAAGACUUGACUUGACUUCUGGUCAGGCGGCUGC